AUGCAAAUGACAGAGGCGUCGGAAAAACCGGAAGCAAAAAAAUAUGCGAAAAGUAGCGAAGACCCAUUUGGUACCGAAGAACCGAUAAUCUCGACAAUAAAGGCCGCAAAUAACGCGCUUUCCGGAAAGUUUAAGAGUUCCGAAAAAAGUGGCACAGAUUCAUUUGAGGCAGAAUCGCAACCGCUAACUCAGUCAACCCAAGUCAGCAGAACACCGGCCAUUUCUUUGAAAUCCGCAAAUGAUGAAAUGUAUGAAUUUGAUGUUGACCUGCUCUACAGCUGGGAUCAGUCUUCUGGGACAAUAUCGUAUGAAGCCUGGUCUCACAGUCUUAUUAACACUUUUAACAAUGCUAAAAUGCUACCACACUACAAAGAUAUCAUUUGUCGUGCGAAAUUAAAUCAGCGUCUUUUGUGCGAUUCAAUGCCUGCUCAAAAAGUGCUAUCAGCGAAAUCACUGGCGAUGCUAAAUGAAGCGGAGCGACGAGAUCGCAUGCGAGGACAUUUAUUCGAACGAAUUGUUAUACCAUGCGAAAAAGAUAGAAAUACGGAACGUUAUGAAUUUAUUUUGAAGAUGUGUGAUGAUGUUAUCAGUGAAUACAUGGCAUCAAAUAGUCGUGAUAAUAAAAUAUUGAAAAUAAAUUUGGAAUGUGGUGGUGAUAUGCCACCUCGAAUUAAAGUUAAUGGUAUUUGUGCAGAACGAUUACCGAAGUUUGACGACGGUAACGAAAGAUAUUCCAAUGUUAAUCAAUUGGCACAAGUUAGUUUGCUAUUUUUAACUAUUAUAUAG